AUGGUGGUGGAUGUUAGAAAGGUGAAUGAUAGAGUAAUGACUAUUAAGCUUGUGGUUGGUGGGGUUACUUUUAAUAUGAUUAGUGCUUACGCGCCUCAGGUGGGCCUGGGCGAAGAGGUCAAAAGGCGCUUCUGGGACGAUUUGGACAAGGUUGUACUUGCUUUUAAGCCAAUCCAAAUACCUUCUAAGGCUAAUGCUCAGGAGUUGGGAGAGAAACUGUUGGCCAUGGGAGCCUGGAGGAGUAGUGGGGACGUGAGUAGUAUGUGGACCACGACAACGAACUGCAUUAGGGAAGCUACUAGAGAGGUAUUAGGGUUAACGAAGGGUUAUUCGAGAGGUCACAAGAGAGACUGGUGGUGGAAUGAGGAGGUCCAAGGAAAAGUGGAAUCUAAGAAAGCGGCAUAUCUGAAGCUAGUGGGGAGCACAGAUGAGGAGGAGAAGAGGACGUGUUGGGAGUGUCAUAAGAAGGCAAGGAAAGAGGCAAAGUUGGCGGUCACAACGGCUAAAACCGCAGCUUUUGAGCGUCUAUAUGAGGAUCUUGGGGGAAAAGUAGGCGACAUGAAGAUGUACAGCGUUAGAUGUGCUGAUGGGACACAUACAAGGAGAUGUGCAAGUAUGUUAUUUGCUAAUGACAUAGUUCUGAUUGACGAGACAUGGGGCGAAGUUAAUGCUAGGUUGAAAGUUUGGAGACAGACACUGGAGUCUAAAGAUUUUAAGUUGAGUAGGCCAAAAACUGAGUACUUGGAGUGCAAGUUCAAUAAUGGGAUGUAUGAAGAAGAAGUGGAAGUGAAGAUUAGUACUCAAGCCAUCCCCAAAAGGGAUAGUUUCAAGUAUCUUGAGUCUAUUAUUCAAGGAAACAGGAAGGAUAGGAUUAGGAAUGGAGUUAUCAUAGAUAAGGUAGGAAUGGCAUUUGUGGAGGAUAAGUUGCAGGAAUCGAGGUUGAGAUGGUUUGGGCAUGUGAAGAUAAGAGAUAUAGAUACUCCGGUCAGGAGGUGUGAGGGAUUGUCCAUGGUGGGUCUGAGGAGGGGAAGGGGUAGGACGAAGAAGUAUUAG